AAAUAGUUUAUUUCCAACGACCCGUUGUUUAUUUCAUACUCAGAUGACAGAUAUAAGAAUUCCAUAACAUUUGUUUAUGUACUUCGUUGCGUUAUAGUAUCACUUUAAAAAUAAAAUAAAAAUUGAAAAUAUGAAUGUAGGAAGUAUUGUUUCGUUGGACUGGCAGAAAUCUGCAGAAGGGGAAACAGUUCUCCAAUAUUUUUAUGAUCCACAAACGGUGGGAAGGAAAAUAUUCGGAAUACUGGAGAGACCUAGCCUGCCCCACAGUAUUGAAGAAGUGUCAUACAAGGUGUUUGUUACCGGCAAGUCUGGUGUGAGCAGGUCAGCGACCAUUGCUAGGUUGUGUGGCGCUGCUUUUAAGCAUGUUGGCACAUAUACAGAAACUCUAGGCAUCAGGAAGAGCAAUGUUUAUUGGCCGGUCAAGAUAUGGGAUAAGAUAAUACUUUUCAAACUUCACAUCUGGGAUGCUGAUGAUAGCAGUAUAAAAAAGUAUAGUCAUAUUUUACCUGCUUGCAGACAGAAGGCAGAUGCAAACAUGUAUGUGUUUUCAUUCAUGGAUAAGAACAGUUUUGCAGACUUGCCACAACUUAUUGGCAAGAUCACACAAGAAGGUGACAAUCCCACUAAUAUUGCCAUUGGAACUGGGUAUAACGUGACCGGCCGGAUGGAAGUGUCGAGUGCAGACGUGGAAGAGUUUGAGAUGAAGUGGCAAAUGCCUGUACUGAAGAUGGACAGCAGGUGGUCGGGGGAACGGAAUGAAGUUCACGAAGUGGCACCCACUCUGAACAUAAUCUGCGAGCGACUUUGGAUCAGAGACCAAGAGUAUAUUCUGAAGCAGGGCUUGGCGAGAUGAAUACAGUGAAUGCUUGUGUAGAGCAUCUUGUAUAAACAGUGAUGGGCAAGAAGCUUGUGUACAUCUAUUGUCAUGAUGGGUGUACUAGGUAUCUUAAAGCAGCACAGCACUAAAUAUGAUUGAAAUAAGUAAUUAUGUUCUUAAUGAUCUGUGAUAAUUUACAGGGGACUGAUGUAUGUUUGUAGUUUUUUGUUAUAAUUUCUGUUUUAAAUAAUUUAUUAAAAAAAUUGUUAAAUUGUUUUAAAACAACAGCUACCCAAACUUUAUUACUUAGCAGAAAUCUUAAUUAAUUGGAAGACUCCAUCUUGUCACAAACAGGAGAAAACAGUUUAUUACUUCAUUUGGGUGCAGACUACAAAUUUCUUAGCUAUGCCAGACCACAAUCUUUGACUUCAAAAAGUGUUCAAAUGGUCUUGCUACGUAUUCAAUACCCAAUUAAAGGGCUUUACUAUUCAAUUAAAAAGCCUUGCUAUGCUAUACACUAGUAUUAUCAGUUUUCUGCUACAUGAUAGAAACCAAUUAUAGAAGGGUAGGCUAUUAAGGCUAAGAUCCUGAGUUUCUCCCAAGCACGCAGAGAACGAAUACAACACAUGUAGUUCCAAAAUCCUCAAUAGAGAGUACUAGCUGUAUGGAUGAGAUAUGGAACGUUGAAGGGGGUGGUGGUGGUGGAGGAGUAGGAGGAAAAAAGGCACUUUUCUCAGAAUUCCUUAUCGCCCAGCGGGGUGUCAUGUUCUUCGACGAGCCUAAAAAGGGGGGUUGGGGGAAGCCAGCUAACUGCCUGCCUCGGAGAGAAGUAAGAAUUCCGCUCUGUCUUCUCUGUCAAUUCUUCGACCGCUCGACCCUCAAAGCGCGUAAGAGAAUAAAUAUUACUAUUUUCGAUACAUUUCAGGACUCAGUAUAUGUACUUAAUGAAGCACUGACUGACAAGGGGAUAACAUCAUCGCCCGUGAGGCCCGCGAGACCCAAAUGCCGCUACUUGGCAAUGAACCCCGCGACCCUUUAGGAGUACCAGGUCGCUUUCUGCCACCCCUAACCUCCUGUAUUGACCUAUGUGUACUAUGUUUUGACUUUUUUAAAUGACUUUCUGACUAAGCUGCAAAGCUGUGUUUUAUUGCAAAUGGCCUGGAAUAAU